UCCGGAGCGCUCGCUCGGCUAGCUUGGGUGGAGCCGUUAUCUUCGCCGCCGCCGCCGUCCCGUCCAGUCCCGUCGUACGCGUGACCAAUCUCCUCCGUCAGCAUGGGCGUCGAAGGCUGCACCAAAUGUAUCAAGUACCUGCUCUUCUUCUUCAACUUCAUCUUCUGGCUGGCGGGAUGCGUGAUUCUGGGCGUGGCCCUGUGGCUCCGACACGAGCCUCAGACCAGCAGCCUGCUGGAGAUCAACUUUGAGGGACAGCAGGCGCCCAGCACCUUCUACAUCAGCGUGCACAUUCUGAUCGCGGUGGGCGCGGUGAUGAUGGUGGUGGGCUUCCUGGGCUGCUACGGCGCCAUCCAGGAGUCGCAAUGCCUGCUGGGAACGUUCUUCGCCUGCCUCGUCAUCCUGUUUGCCUGCGAAGUGGCCGCCGGAAUCUGGGGCUUCAUGCACAAAGACACCGUUUCCAAGGAGAUGAUCAACUAUUACGACUCCAUCUACGACAAAGCCAUGACGCAGAGCGUCACCGCCGACGCGGAGAAGAAGAGGGCGGCCGCCUCCGUGCUCAAAGUCUUCCACGAGACGCUGAGCUGCUGCGGCAAGGGUCAAGGCACGUCCUUGCUGACGCAGUUCACGGACAUGCUGGGCGUCACCGACCUCUGUCCCAGCUCCGGAACGCCCUACAGCUGUCACGACCGCAUCAGCGAGCUGUUCUCCGACAAGAUCUACCUGAUCGGCAUCGCCGCCCUGGUGGUCGCCGUCAUCAUGAUCUUCGAGAUGAUCUUCAGCAUGGUUCUGUGCUGCGGCAUCCGCAACAGUCCCGUCUACUAGAAGCUCCCGGCGCCUUUCCUCCGAGCGGGAAGCAUAUUUAGCUUGCUGGAUUCCUGCACGACGGCGUUCCCGCGCCGCCCGUCUUUUAUUCCCCAUGCUGGAGCCCGCCUAAACCCGACCCACAUGUAGAUACACAACGGUAUAUCCUCCUUUUUAAAAACCCGGGUGCCCUCCUCUGGCAUUUUGUGCCCAUUUUUCUCCAUUUUUUUUUUUUUUUUUCAUUUGACCAUCAUUUUGGGAGAAAAUUAAAAUAUUUAAAAAAUGUCCCAUAUAAUAAGUAGAAGGGUUCUAAUUAACCUUGAACAUGUCGAAGAUUUGCGACAAAAUUCAUUUGCUUGCUUGCACAUUGAAAUGAUCCGAAAAAGAUAUUCAUGCAUGACAAUUCGCAUGUAUAGUUUUGCCACAAAGGUGCCCGAAGGGCACGUUUGAGGAGGGCACGCUGGUCAUUAACAUGUCGCCCCCCCCCGCCCCCACUGUUUGAUGUAUAAACUGUGUGUAAAUAUAUAUAUACAUAUAUAUAUACAUAUAUAUAUACAUGUAUUAACAGUGCUUUUUGAGCGCAUGGAUCUAUCGUGCACUGCCAGACGAUGGUGCUCUCACGUCGCGUUCACUCGCUUGACUGUCGCACGUUUUGGGAAAGCUGGAACCGAAGUCUGGAUGCUGUCCGCCGCUCGGUCGCAUGCUCACGUGCGUUAAAUGUGCUUAAAAAAAAAAAAAAAAAAAAAAAAAAAAAAACACCUUCAGCUCAAAAAUUGAAGUCCAUUGGUCCACGUGUCAGGCACGGAUGUUCAAAUACAUUUUUUUCGUUUUUUAAAAUGAAUGCAAACGUUACCUGCAUUUAUGAAGGACUCCCAAAAUAAUCCAAGAAAAAAUGAAAAAAUUUAAAUAAAAAAAUGUUUGUUCGAAUUAAAAAAAUAAAUAAAUAACAACAAAAAAAACUUCAAUAAAGAAGUCUUGAAAUCUUUCUGGAUUUUUUUUUUUUAAUUAUUAUUAUUAAUUAAAGAAGACCACGGGGGGGAAAAGUCGUAAUGUUCUGAGAUUUUUUUGUUUGUUGCUGUAACGAUAACACACUUAGCCUAGCCUCCCCGAUAUUAGCAUGUUGACUAUGCAAAAGUGGCAAAUUUUUUCUGCCUGUUUUUUUAUUUUUUAUUUUUUUUUUAUUUUUAUUUUUUUAAUGGAAAGAUCCCAAAACAGAUGAACGAAAAAAGUUAAAAAUGUUGAUGAUUUUUGCUUUAACAAUUACACAAAACGUGGCAUAGCUUCGCUGACAUGACCACGCAAGCAACGUAAACAAAAGUGGCAGAAUAUGAUGCUUUUUGCUAUAAUGAUCACCGAAAUCAUUAGCUAGCAUUAGCCAGGAUUACAAAACAUCAAAGGCAACGCGAAAAAAUCUGCAACGUUACGAUUAUUUUUGGCCUGUGGCAUAUUUUUUAUACAAUAUAGAAGACAGCGAUGUCGAGGUUGUUGUAGGAUUCUUUUUUUUCUUUAACCAUAAAACAUUUGCAUGUUUCGUUCAGAAAAGUGGCAAAAUCUGUACGACAAAAAUACAAAUACAAAAAACGACGUCAGAUUGUUACACUGCAAAAAAAAAAAAAAAAAGUCGUAUUGUUUUGUCGUUGAAAUGGAUUUUAACCGCUUCGCCCACGAAUCGUGUUUACGGAAAGCGGCGAAAACGUUUACGCACGCGAUUCAGGAUGAAUGAAGGAAUUACGCCGAAGAGAACAAAUUUGAAUGUUUGUUUUGAUCUCGAAAUAUUAACUGCUACACGACAUUUGCAUGUUUAAUAACCGCUGUUUGGACGCCCCUGCCUGGUCUCGUAGUUUCCGUUCCAUUUGCGUCGUGAAACAUUUUGACGCUCGUGUGUUGGAGGAGAAUCGUAUCGAAAGUGUUAUUUGUGCUCGACGCCACCGUCGCUAUUGUUGCUAACGUGUCGUCCCUAUUCGCGGAGAUCAACCUUAACGAGCCAUCGACCAAUCAGACGCCGCCGCCUCCUCUUCAGUGUCUUCUUCUCGUCGUCGUCGUAUUUACACUCAAAAGUACUAAUUAGUAAUUAAUUAGCAGAUGCCUCGUUUCUCUGGUACGUCCUGAGGGGGCGGAGAUGCGGGCGGGGCCACGAGUGUGCGCUGAAGUGGCUGCACUCUGAUUGGCUGCCACCAGCCCAUAGGCCCCUCCCACCGCCACCCUGCUCCUGGUGACUUGUUUGCCCAAAUAUAAAAGGGAUUAAAUGUAUUUUACAAAAA